AUGGAGGCCUUUAUAGCUAAGAACUCUGGUAGCCGAAUGAACAUCUUCUGCAUGGGUUGUCUAACCAUGUGCGGGCUCAAAAAUCGCAUCAUAAACAAGAUUGCAUUUGUUCCACCUAAGGUAAUCGGUUAUGAAGUGACAUCCAGCGGCAAGUUUGUGAUCUCUGACCAAAUUUUAUGGGAAAAAUUCGCGGAUGAGCUAGAUAUGAAUGGGAUAGAGCUAGAUUUUCAUUGGGUGCCUACAAAAACUCACAGAAUUGCAUGUUUUUCGUUAUUUCCCAAGCCCACAAAUGAAGAUAGGAUUACCAUUAUCUUCUCUCACGGCAAUGGAUCGGACAUUGGGCAUUGUUUCGGAUUUUGCUUUCGUAUAUGCUGUAAAUUCCGCGUGAAUGUCAUCGCUUAUGACUACUCUGGAUAUGGCUUAUCUGGCGGUUCUCCGUCUGAAAAGAAUUUAUACAGAGAUGCUGCAAGUGUUUGGAAUUAUACGGUUCAGCAGUUAUCCAUACCACCGGAUACAAUCAUUCUAUACGGUAAUAGUAUAGGAUCAGCCGCCUCAUGCUAUCUGGUAAACUGCUUAUUUAACUCCAAAAAGAGUUCUAAAGGGAUUGUGGCUUGUGAUAAACUAGGUGGAUUAGUUAUACACUCUGGAAUUGCAUCUGGUCUGCGCAUAUUCCUCAUUAAAAUAAAAAAAUCGCCUUGGUUCGACGCAUUUUGCAAUUGCGAUUCUUUGGCCAAGUCAAAAAUUAACUUCCCAGUGUACAUAUUGCAUGGCAAAGACGAUCGCGUAGUACCGUUUAAGCAUGCCCUUAUACUUAGGGAUUCUAUAAAGUUAGAGCCUCCCAUGCUACAGACGUGGUGGGUGGACGGGGCAGAUCACAACAAUAUUGAGAUGGACUAUGCCAAUGAGUACUAUACAAGGAUGGGCGCUUUCUUGCAGAUUUGUAAGAUUAAAAGUGGAAAAUGGUAA